UUUCUCCGGAUGAACAGCCUACAUGUCCCAAGCUGCCUUUCGUCCGGAAAUAGCGCAAACACAAUAUCCGGCGCUUCUCAAGGGCAUCGAGCGGCUUCGUGGUUUUGCUGCGCUCACGUGUUGCUGUAAUAACGGUUGUUUGAGCAGCAUAUUUGGCCUUGGGGGAACCCGGUUGGGAAAAUGGAUGGGUUUGGUUCUGAUUUCUCAUCAAGCGCCGGAUCAGGUAAAAUGGAUACGGAGCACAUAAUGGAGCAAGUGAAGGUGCAGAUUGCGGUGGCAAACGCACAGGAGCUCCUGCAGAGAUUGACAGACAAAUGCUUUCGUAAGUGUAUCGACAAACCUGGGGGGACGCUGGACAACUCUGAACAGAAAUGCAUAGCCAUGUGCAUGGAUCGGUACUUGGACGUACGGAAUACCGUGUCCAAGACCUACAGUUCCAGACUGCAGAAGGAACGGGCUCGCAUCUGAAGACCGCCGUCCUCUACCUCCGUGCUUCCCCCUUUCACUGCACAGAUGAUGAGAGUUCGGCGCCGUAGCACACAGACCUUUACAGCCCCAUAUUGGACAUUUGUCCCCCAUUUGUGAUGAAGAUUACUCUUAUCCUUUGUUUCAUCUCCUGGAACAGAGGAGGAUAAGUAUUGUAAUUAAAGCAGCAGGAAGGGCUUUGGUGGACCCUUGGUGCAGUGUUCCUGGGAGUCUGCUGCCUAGUCCUGUGUUGUGUAAAGUGUCCCCCUAUGAAGAAUGCCAAACAUCACCAUGUGUGCUCAACAAAUCUAGUUUUAAUCAAGGGGGAUUCAUAUUUAAUGUUAUAUUAAAUAUCAGGGUGCUGAUUAAAAACAAGACUUUGUCAACAAAA